UGUAUUCGUUGUGGAAUUUGAUGGAUUUCUAUGGAUUUUAAAAGUCUGGGUGUAUUCGUUCAAGACUUUUAAAAGUCUGCAGAAAUCUGGGUGUAUUCGUUCAAGACUUUUAAAAGUCCAUAUAAAUCUGGGUGUAUUCGUUCAAGACUUUUUAAAAUCCAUACAAAUCUAGGUGUAGUCGUUAUUCCAUUGACUUAAAAUCCGGAAUGACUUUCAUGGAUUUCAUCCAAAAAAUACACACGACGAAAUCCGGCUAAGAACCACGAGAAUUGAAAUCCAUAAAGUUUUAAGCGAGCGCUGAGUUCCAGCGCCCGCGGCCAAGAAGCCAGCGCUCGCUGGAACCCAGCGGUCGCUGGGUAAGAGUUGUAGUAUUUAUAUUUUACUCUCGCUUAACCUUUUCUGGAUUAGAACUCAAGCUACAGCUAAGGGAUGAUUUGUCGUGACUGGGGAAUCCUUCUACUAUGUAUGGAUUGCUCGGUUCUACAUGAUCUCAGAUGCUUUACUCAUCCUAAUAUUCCAAGUUCUGAUUAUGAAAUAUGUGAAAUUUACGCACAAAUCCUGCAGGUACAAAAAGCUAGAAGUUUUAUCUGCUUUUACCAAUGCUGUAAGUACAGUACCUUACUUAUUUGUUCUAGGUUGAUUGUUGAAUUUUUCUGGUGUUGUUUGGUGUGAAUUAAUGAGUAUCAUCUGCAAUUAAUUUAUUUCUUUAUCUUUAUUUUCCUUUCUGAAUAUUUGUCUCUCUCCCCUCUCGCUUUCUCUCACCCUCACUUACUCGCCUGUAUGUUGCUUGUUUAGAUAGCUAUUUCUUUUAUUUAUGUCGUUCUCCUUAGCUGUGGAAGCACUUCACGCGUUCAUACAAGAUGAGUCGGAGCACAAGCAUUACUUAGUCAUCUCAGCUGUUGCUAAUUUUCUGGUAAAUCUCAUUGGUGUUUGGUUCUUCAGGAAUUAUGCCCGAAUCAGUAUUGCUUACAGAAAAGCUGAAGAUAUGAACUAUCACUCCGUUUGCUUGCAUGUUCUGGCUGAUUCCAUUCGUAGGUAUGACAAACCAUACAUCUUUUCCUUUUUCUGGAAAUGAUUGUUUACUGGAAUUGUGUUGUUAGAUAUUAAGCUCCCAUACUUCAUUUUUUUUCUCAGUGCAGGGUUGAUCCUAGCAUCCUGGAUGCUUAGCCUUGGGUAAUCUUCUUGCAAUCUGCAGAAAAUACAGUUUACUUGAGUUCCAUUCUUGCUCGAUUACUCAUUUUAUACUUGAA